CCUGACCGACCCACGGACCCGUCUCGGGGCGUGAGGGCCUCUCUUCAGUCCUCGCGAGCCUGACUCUUCUUUCUCGGUCGCUGCCCUUCGCUGCUUGCUGUCGAGGCUCAGAGGAGAGCACCCGCCGGCACAUCGUCCUGGCUUGGUAGUCACGGAAGGGUAAUGACAAGGAGGAAACAGCCUCAUCAUUCCAAUCCGAGCCUUCCGACCGCAGCUUCUUGCUCGGUCUCUGACCCGGGAAAUUGAAUACAUUGAAUGCUGAAUGUCCCUGGCUGCUUAUUGUGUCAUCUGUUGCAGAAGAAUAGGAACCUCUACUCCCCCGCCAAAAAGUGACACACGCUGGAGAGACAUCAGAAAUAUAAUAAAGUUUACUGGAUCGCUUAUUUUAGGAAGUUCUUUAUUUCUUACAUAUGAAGUUCUGGCCCUGAAGAAAUCUUUGACAUUAGAUACUCAAGUGGUAGAAAGAGAAAAGAUGAAGUCAUAUAUAUAUGUGAACACAGUUUCUUUAGAUAAAAGAGAAAAUCAUGGGGUCACCUUCCAGGCAAGAAAAGAACUUCACAAAGCAGUAAGAAAAAUAUUGGCAGCGUCAGCCAAGAUAUUACAGAGUUCGUUUGCUGACCCUUUUAGUACAGUUGAUGUAGAAGACCAUGAAUGCGCUGUGUGGCUGCUGCUGAGGAAGAGCAAGUCGGCUGACAAGGCCGCGCGGCUGGAGGCUGUGCGGGAAAUGUCACAGACCCAUCACUGGCACGAUUACCAGUAUAGGAUAAUUGCUCAGGCCUGUGAUCCAAGAACUCUUAUUGGUUUGGCACGAAGCAAAGAGAGUGAUCUUCGCUUUUUUCUCCCACCGCCUCCUUUGCCAUCUUUAAAAGAAGAUUCUUCCAUUGAAGAAGAGCUCAGACAGUUGCUGGUUUCUUUACCUCAGACAGAGCUAGAUGAGUGUAUCCAGUAUUUUACGUCUUUGGCUCUUAGUGAAAGCAGUCAGAGUCUAGCUGCUCAGAAGGGUGGCUUAUGGUGUUUUGGAGGAAAUGGACUUCCUUACGCUGAAAGUUUUGGAGAAGUUCCUUCAGCUACAAUGGAAACGUUCUGUUUAGAAGCUUUAAUAAAACAUUCUGAGAUAUCAACACAUUGUGAUAAGAUUGAAGCAAACGGAGGCUUGCAGCUACUUCAGAAGCUGUACCAACUUCACAAGGACUACCCUAAAGUGCAGAGAAAUGUAAUGCGCAUCAUUGGAAAUAUGGCUUUGAAUGAACAUCUCCAUUCUUCUAUAGUUCGCUCAGGCUGGGUUUCCAUAAUGGCAGAGGCAGUGAAAUCCCACCACAUUAUGGAGGCUUCACAUGCUGCCAGAACCCUGGCUAAUUUAGACCGAGAGACUGUACAGGAAAAAUACCAGGACGGUGUGUACGUGCUGCAUCCCCAGUGUCGAGCAAGUCAGCCCAUUAAAGCAGAUGUCCUUUUUAUUCAUGGCCUUAUGGGAGCAGCAUUUAAAACAUGGCGCCAGCAAGACAGUGAGCAGAUGUUAACCGAAAAGGCUUUGGGAGAUGAAGACAGGUACACAACAUGUUGGCCCAAGACGUGGUUAGCAAGCGACUGUCCCGCUCUCCGAAUUAUAUCUGUGGAGUAUGACACCAGCCUCAGUGACUGGAGAGCAAGGUGUCCUAUGGAAAGAAAGUCCAUUGCAUUCAGAAGCAACGAACUUCUUAUGAAACUCAGAGCUGCUGGUGUAGGGGAUAGGCCAAUGAUUUGGAUAUCACAUAGUAUGGGAGGUCUUCUUGUCAAAAAGAUGCUGUUGGAAGCCUCUAAGAAGCCAGAAAUGAGUACUGUUAUAAACAACACCAGAGGAAUAAUUUUUUAUAGUGUCCCUCAUCAUGGAUCACAUUUGGCUGAAUAUUCUGUUAAUAUUCGCUAUCUUCUCUUUCCCUCUUUGGAAGUCAAAGAACUCAGCAAGGAUUCUCCUGCACUUAAAACACUACAGGAUGACUUUCUGGAGUUUGCUAAAGACAAAAACUUCCAGGUGCUGAAUUUUGUAGAAACACUUCCAACCUAUAUUGGUAGCAUGAUUAAACUGCAUGUGGUGCCCGUGGAAUCAGCAGAUUUAGGCAUUGGAGACCUAAUUCCUGUGGACGUUAACCAUCUGAACAUUUGUAAACCAAAGAAAAAGGAUGCUUUUUUGUACCAACGUACUUUACAAUUCAUCCGUGAAACUUUAGCCAAAGACCUUGAAAACUAACAAUUGUCUUCUUCCAUUUUUCAUAUGUGAAUAAAGAGCAAGAAACUUCAUGUUCUCUUUUUAAGCUCUAAGCAAUCAUGCAAAUAUAGUCACCGUGGCAUUGACAUGGUCUGGAGUGUGUUGAGGACAACAGAACAUUGUUAUCCAUCCAAGCUCUGUACAGCACCAGCACAGAAGUGGCAGUCACAGAAGGGAGGGCUCGCUUGCGUUCCUUUGACUUAAAGGAAUCCCUGUGUGCCCCUCUGUGGUUCUCAGUGUUGGGCCAAGUGACUGGGAGCCAGCUGCUGUGGACAGUGUGCCCUUUUCACCUGUGACUGUCCUGGCUCUUGGAGGAGCAUUGAAGGGAGAGCCGCCAUCAACUCAGCUUACCACAAAAUGCCAUUAGGAGAGCACCUAAAAUGCAGAGAAUGAACUAGAACUUAAAGGACUCUGUUUUUGUUCUGGGUAUCCAUGUGCUGUAAAUUUUUUUACAUGUGUCGGUUUUUUAAACUUUCAGUUCUUAACUUUCAGUUAAACCUUUGUCUAACACAUUAGCACUGGUGUUAACUUUGUUAGACCUACUGUUGUGCAUGGGUCAGUUCCUCGUAUAUUUCUGUUUUCAUAUUGCUAAGAACAAAUCUUUUUUUAAAAAAAUUUAACUUAUAGUAAUUCUUUCCAAACUGUAGCUACCUAUGCUUGUAAUUUGUCCCAAAUAAGGUUAAAGGAGCUAAUCCACUAUUGAUCACAGUAUGAAAUAAAACUACUCUAAGCCAUUAUAUAUAUUAGCAAUACUUAGUAUUAGGUUUCUCAGAUUUCUUUGGCUAAAUAAAGUGUAACUUUCUUUCCUGCUCA